AUGGUUGCGCCUGCUGUCCCUGAGCUUACAGAGGAGGUGCUCCACGAAUCGCUCGAUGCUCGAACCGAAUCGCUCUCGAGUCUUCGGGAGCUCGGCCCUCCGGAUCUGGUUCAUUUGGUGAAGCAGGGCAUUCGCAAUCAGGGGAAGCAGAUUGGUAUCUAUCACCAUGUCACCGGCGUCGACGCUUCUUCCUCUGCCAGCCUGGCAGCAUACAUCAACACUCUAACCUACAGAGAGCACGGCCCGAAUGCGACUAACAAGAUUGUCGAAGGCGUGUACUGCUGCUACAAUGCGUUCUCGAGACUGGAUAUGCGUAUACAUGUUUCCAUUCCUGGAACUGUCGAGAGCUACUGCGUGGACGAGCGAGGCGAUAAGAGAAAAGCCACCGACGAACUCUGGCUGGAGACAUAUCUUUGCAGUGUCUUACGAGCAUAUUCAUACGCCGAUGAUGGUAGCGGCGAGACGAUCCGAAAGAUUAUGGGAGUACGUCGCUUCAACCCGGUCACCAAUACCGAGACAGAGCACCGGUUCCUCCACUCCGCAGAGCAACUCUUUUUCAGAGGUUACCAAUUGGGUUCGGAUUCUGUUGUACAAGUGCCAACUAACGUAUCCAACCACCUCACCGUUGGUCUUCUGAAGUACCUGGAGACGACGGGUCGAUAUGCUUCCGGAAUUAACCUGUUCGAAAAGCUCCGGUCUCAGAGUGUUGAAGUAUCGUCCCUGUUGGCCAAGGUUCAAUUCAUGGGCAAUGAGGAGGUUGCAGGUGUUAGGACGUUGCAUCAUGCUCUACUCGAAAUUCCCAUGGAUUAUGUCAUGCUCGACACCCAGGCAGAGUUUUUGCUACACAAGGCCAAGACCGCACCCACGCUCGAGCUCAAGGAAGAGAGGCUGAGGAUGGCGCUGAAGUGCGCAGAUCGCGGCACGAUCGCGGCACCUAGCGAAUUCGGCACCUGGGCUCGCCUAGCACAGGUCUAUGUGGCCAUGGAAGACUGGGAGAAUGCACUCACGAUUCUCAAUUCGUGCCCCAUGUUUUCCUACCAGGACAAGGAUACUCCAAUCAUGCCAGAGCCUAGAGAGGUGCAGCUGCCAACCCUCGCCGAAACCAGACUCGACGAAAUCGAUAGCGAACCCGAAGGACGAUUCUCAGAUCAAGUUGACCCUAACCUCCUUGGUCUGCGAGCAGCAUCUUACAAGGGCACGUUCAAGCAGGCGUACAAUAUUCUAACAGAAAUGACAGCCAAAAUUGGUUGGGACCAACUUCUAAAAAUCCGCAGCACCGUAUUCGUCAUGGAAGACGAGUACCGCACAGAGAAGCACGAGGCGUCGAGGAGAAACCCUAGCAUUGAUGGUCUUCGAGGCACCCCAGUUCCUACCGCGAACGGCGAUGAUGAGUCUGAGGAUGACGAACAUGACGAGACGGUUAUCAAGAUGGGCGAGAACGACUCGGCUACGGAUGCCCUGAGGGUCAACGGUGGCGCCGGCGUCGAGGUCGGCGAGGUUGAGAGACCUUCGAGUGCGAUCGAUCCUGGUGACACGGAAAAUGGCGAUUCCAAUGAUGACCAUCUAUCCAAGCUCAAUACCAAGCGCCUUUGUGAGAGGUGGUUGGACAGCUUGUUCAUGGUUCUCUAUGAGGAUCUCAAGGUUUACACCAUCUGGCGUACACAGAUGGCGCAAUACCGCGCUCAACAGCUCCAGUAUAAGAAAUCCGCUGAGGAGUGGGCGAUUCUGGGAUCGUUGGCUGAGCGGCUACAGCAUCUGGAUGAAGCUGUCGAGGCGUACCGUGCCUGUCUGUCACUUCGGUUCAGCCCCAAGGCGCUUGCUGGAAUCUUGCGUGUUUACAAACACGACAAGAACACCAGGGACAUGGUCCAGUCGGUGAUUAGACUGGUUGCCUGGCAGUACCGCUGGUACAGCGAGUUCAGCCCCGAGCUUUUGCACACAAUCAGGAGUCUGAUUGAGGAUGAAGGGGCCGUCAAGGUUCGAAGUAUUGUGCAAGCAACAAGCCUGCCACAAACCGUACUGGAUCUCACACACCACUACGCGGCACUUUGCGCCACAUUCCGAAGCAGCGGCACUGAUGCUUCUUCCAACCUCGCAGGCAGCGCUCGCCUCGACGACCAACAAUUCGACUGGGCGAGACAGAAGCUGAGACUCGAGACGAAAUCACAACUCGAUCCAAGCGGAAAGAAAUCCGGAAUUCUGCCUCGUCAUGGCAUCGGCAUCAGCAUCGGCGACUGCUGCGCCAGUCGAUGCAGCGUCGAUGCCCCCGGCCAUCGCUCUGGAAAAACUACUUUCAUGCGACGAAUCAACGCCUAUCUUCACUCGAAGCAAACGCCGCCCUAUGUGAUCAAUCUCGAUCCUGCCGUCCUCAACGUUCCCUUCGAGUCCAAUAUUGACAUCCGCGAUUCGGUCAACUACGAAGAGGUCAUGAAACAGUACAAUCUCGGCCCCAACGGCGGUAUCCUCACCUCUCUGAACCUCUUCGCCACCAAGGUCGACCAGAUUGUCAAUUUGCUAGAGAAGCGCGCAGUACCAGACCCCGGGGUUCCCGACCGCAAGCCCAUCGAGAACAUUCUUGUCGACACGCCAGGACAGAUCGAGGUCUUCGUCUGGUCAGCGUCCGGUACCAUCCUGCUGGAAAGUCUAGCGAGCUCGUUCCCAACCGUCAUCGCCUAUAUCAUCGACACGCCACGCACCUCAUCAACGUCAACCUUCAUGUCCAAUAUGCUCUACGCCUGCUCCAUUCUCUACAAGACGAAGCUCCCCAUGAUCCUUGUCUUCAACAAGACCGAUGUCAAGGAUGCAUCAUUUGCCAAAGAGUGGAUGACCGACUUUGAGGCUUUCCAGGAGGCUCUCCGCCGCGACGAGGACGCGGAUAUGAUGGGCGGCGGCGAGGGCGCAUCCGGCCACGGGGGAAGCGGGUACAUGGGCAGCCUGCUCAACUCUAUGAGUCUGAUGCUCGAAGAGUUCUACUCCCACCUCAGCGUUGUCGGGGUAAGCUCAAAGGUGGGAACCGGGAUCGACGAGUUCUUCGAGGCUGUUGAGGAGAAGAAGAAGGAAUUCAUUGAUGACUACCUCCCAGAGCUGCAGCGACGGAGGCAAGAGCGGGAAGAGGCAAGGAAGAAGUCCCGUGACAAGGAGCUUGACAAGAUGAUGCAGGGCAUGUCUGUCGGUGCCGUGGCUCCCAUUCUCCGCACCGGGGAUGAUGACGAUGAUAUUGACGUCGCCAGCGACGUUGAUGAUGACGAGGACGAGGACGAGGACGAGAAUGAUGCAGAGGGGCUGCAAUCACGAUACCAAGCAGCAAUGGGGGAGAAGGACGACUCGGUCAUGGCAGAUGCAAGCUUCGCCAAGUACCUGUACAAGCGAGGAUGA